AUGAACAACCCUCUUUUAUCUGACGCCCAACAAAUAAAAAUAGUCGAGGGUUUCCUUGCAUCUGAAGUGAAACAGCUAUCACUCAAAGAUCAAGCAGACGCUAUCGAUGAUCUUUACUGUGUGGGUGGGGGAUUGAACGAGCAUCGAGCACUCGCUCAACAAGCACUUGUGGACUUUGAUGCAACCCUCCAAACGAUACGCAAUCCAAUUUACGAACUGGCUCACAACCAGAACAGAUUGUAUGUCGAGGAUAUAUCAUUCCGGCUGAUCUUUUUGCGGGCAAAUUUUUACAAUGCCAAAAAAGCAGUUCAUCAGAUGCUGAGCUUCUUGCAUAAAAAAGCAGCCUACUUUGGCGCAGACAAGCUUGCCCGGGACAUUACACUUGAGGAUUUGAAUGAAGAGGAGAUUAAGGCUAUUCUCUCGGGCCCUUACCACGUCCAAGAAGACAAAGACCGCGCGGGAAGAGUUGUCGUCUAUUUCUUCAGUACCCUGUUCGGCAGAUACAAGGCUAAUACGUUGAUUCGAGUGACCUACUACCUUUGGUGGAACAUUCUGCUUCCGAAGCCAGAGGUACAAAUGAAAGGGGCGGUCUGGUGUUAUUAUGACUCCACGAAACCAGGACAGAAUGUCCCCGUGCCCGAAUCAAGAGUCUUGCCAGAACUCUUAGAUUUUGCUUCUACGGUCCCCGUUCGCUAUUCCGCCAUGCACUAUUGCCUCAGGACAGAUGAUGCAAGAGGGCUUGCUCUCAACAACCUCUUUCUCGGGUUAUCGGUAAAGGCAAUGCCGAGGUAUUCGAGGGCCAGAACUCGUGUGCACUAUGGAAGUCAUGCGGAGCUUCAGUCUGAGCUUCAGAUCCAUGGUCUCCCAACAAGAUUUCCAAUCGACACUGAUGGCAACCUACGGAAGCACCUUCUGAACGUUUGGUUCCAUGUGCACCUCGCGAGGGAAGAAACAGAGCCCAACCCAUACCUUGCCGAUCUGGAUUCGUCGACGGAAGACGAUGAAGAGAUUGACGACCUUCCACAAGAACAAGAAGCUAGCGUAUAUGAGCACAUUGCUUCCAUGACAUCCCAAUCUUUGGUUCUUAAGCCAACUGAAAAUGAUGUGCUGCUUGGACGGGGCCGAAGCAUUCAGAAUCAUCCAGGCAACAUUCGAUUUCGCGAAAUAGUCGAUUCCUAUCAAGAUGAGUAUGAUCGAACCCCUCGGAACCAGCGACGUAAUGUUUCGAUCAGCGUGGCCACUCGUUUGAAAGCAAAUGGGACCCGAUUCCUUGAGCAGAGAAAGGACAGCCGUGGGUGGGAAGAGAGUAGCUUUGAAAAGUGCGAGUUGACCAUUCGUCAACUCUUUCGCUCCAAACGCAAACAAAUGGGAGUGUGA